AAAAAAAAACCGAAAACGUCACUUAGAGAAAACGUCAAAUAACGUGAAUAUUUUUCAUCUUGACUAAUUGUCUUACCUUUGUUUUCUUAUAUAUGAUCCAUUAAUUAGGUUCUAUAAUGCUCAAGUUGCGAUGAUCUCAGUGGUUUAGUUAACUAGUGCUCGAGAGCAGUGACUCACAGGAUGUCGGACGACACGAACGAAGUACCGAAAGUGGAGAGCAGCGGCGGGGCGGAGGAGGCUCGGCGCGGCUUGGAGGAAGAGUUUAAUGUCCAGCGCGCUCGAAUGAAAGAACUUUUCUUGCAGAAGGAAGAGGAGCUCCGGGCUCAGCAACAGGAACGUGAACAGCUGCAGUCGGAGGUGCUCGGGCUCCGCGAGGAGCUGGCCCAGCUGCAGACGUUGGCGGAGAACCAGAAGUCUCACAUCCUCAACCUGGACUUGAUUGUCAAUGAGACGGUGUCAGCGUCGUCGGCGGUGACAGAAGAGGCGCGGCAGCUGCGCGUGCGGUGCGCUGAGCUUGAGCACCAGCUGCGGUUGCAGCAGCAACAACAGCACCAACAGGACGUGAGCAUCGCGCCCGCCACGCUGGUGCGCUCGCUGGCGCGCCGGCUCGUCGACCAGGAGGAACAGCCUAAGAAGCCCACGGAAGAUGGCGACCUGCAGCGUUGUGAGAUGGAAAUCAGUCAACUUAAGAAUAAGCUACGAGAGACAGACGCACAACUACAGGAAGCACUCAGGAGUAGAACAAAUCACCCCACGCCUGCGCACGCGAGUGGAGACACGAGGACUGACCCAGAUGGCGGGCGCGCUUGUGACAUGUGUGCUAAUUACGAGAAGCAGCUGGUCCACGAGCAGCGCGAGGCGGCCGCGGCCAAGGACCGCGCCGCCAUGCUGGAACACGCUCUCAAAUUGGCAACAGAAGAGCUCGAGAGCGCCCGCUCCAUCCACGACGAGACCAUUCGCUCGUGGCACACCGAGCGGGCCGCCAGCACGGCCCUACUGGAGGACCUGAAGAAGGCUGUGGAGUCCGCGAAGACGGCGUUGGAGGCGCGCGCCGCCGCGGCCAUGCAAGCCUCCGAUAGGGCCUUAGAACAAGUUACUAAUCUGACUGUGGAGAGAGAAGAGUUGCAGAGGAAACUGGACAGCCUGGAGCGCGACAACGCUAUGCUGGUGGGACGUUUCACGAAGAAAGCCGAGGAGAUGCAGAACGAGUUCAUCGAUUUACCCGACAUCGUCGACGAGCUGCAACUGUACAGCCUUGAACUCCGCGAGAAGCUGAUCUGCGUGCAGAUCGGCCGAGAGGAGGCGUUGGCGGCCGAGCGCGACCUACGAGCACAGCUGCUGGAGCAGAGCCAGCAGUUUCACCGGCAGGAGGCCGAGCUGCAGGAGACCAGGAGCGCCCUGCGACAGACCAGAGAGGAGUUGGACCGGCUGGCGACGGAGCGCGAACAGUUACAGGAGUUAGGAGGAAAACUGCGGACGACCACCGACCAAAUAGCGGCGUUGCUAGAUGAUAAGAAACGCCUCCUAGACGAGCGUACGGAAUUGAAGCAACGCGUGGCUGCUCUCCAACAAGAGUUGGACAACAGCGAGAAAGUGCAACAGGACUUCGUGCGGCUCUCACAGUCGCUACAGGUGCAAUUGCAACGCAUCCGUGAGGCGGACACGGAGGUGCGGUGGCAGCACGACGAGGACGUCUCCGAGUGCCCCACGUGUCACGUGCAGCUCCCUAACAGCAAGAAAAAGGUGCACUGCCGGCACUGCGGGCGCAUCUACUGCGCGUCGUGCACCGCGCACGCCGUCCCCUCCGGGCCGCGCCGCGCGCCGGCGCGCGUGUGCGCCGUGUGCCGCACGCUGCUGCAGCCCGACACCGCGCCAUACUUCAGCACCGCGCCGCCGCACUCGCCCGACUAA